AUGAGCUCUGCUGAGAAAGAGGACUUGCCUGUGGCCGUUGACGAAGCUGAAUUCGCGAUCGAAGCAGAUGUUGAGGCUGCCGAGGAUGCCGAAAACGCGUCUGGUGCUGUAGAAGGUGGUGAGGAUGAGUAUGAAGUAGAGAAGAUCCUUGGACAUAGAUGGUCGCAACAGAGCGGAGAUUCCUGUCGCGACAUGCUGGAGGCCUACUGGCAGGUGCGUGGAGGGAGGGCAAAGCCGCCCACUUCUGCCAGCUCCCGCAAGCGUGGACGAUCACGGUCGACCGCCGUUGAAGAGUCUACUCCUGUUAGCAGCCGUGCGAAACGGUCGCGGCAAAGUACUGGUACAGCCCAAAGCAAAGCACAUCUAGUUGAUUCGGAUGUUGAGGAGGAAGUCCUGCAUCCAAAGCGGAGAGGGAGGAAGUCCGCUGCAAACGAUGUGAACGCUCAAAGCGUCGAGAUCGCAAAUGGCGGAAAAUGGACGCCACCUACACAUAAAGAUUCCUGGGAGGAGGUGAAUCUGACAAUCGACACCAUCGCCCGUGCCGAAGACGGCGAGCUGAUGGUUUAUGUCGAUUGGAACAAUGGGUACAAGACCGUCCACCGUACGGACAUCAUCUAUGACAAGUGUCCUCGGAAGUCCUGA